CUCUCCUUCAUUUCCCGCUUCAACAUGUUGGCAGGAGGAGAAAGAGGAGGAUGCUGCGCUCUACCCUCGGUGCGUUUUUGCCACCUCUCCGGUCAGCUCAUGCUGCCUCUGACUCAGACUCAGUCUCAGCUUUUAGUUGUCUCCGCCUGAAGGACUUCAGAGAGGAGGUGGAGGAGGAUCCAAAGGAUACGCUGGAGAUCAGAAGCUCUGACACCGGGGUCCCUAAUAGGAACAACAACAGCAGGGGAGCGGAACGGAGCGACUGCUCCCCGUCUGUGGUGGAUACUACAAGUACCUCAGGGGUGAACACCUCCUCUGACUCCUGUAGUUUCUCUCCCUCCUCCAUCUUAUCGGCUCCAAGAUCCAUGUGGCAGGAGGCAAUAAGGAGGAAGCGGUAUCUCCUGGCCCGGCCAGGGGAGUCUGGUGAGGGUGAUAAAGGAGGAGAGGGAGGUCAGCAGAGGAGGAACAGGUCUCCGGACUGGCUGUACCAGUCCUACUACUGUAUGAGCCAGCAGCAUCCUCUGAUUGUGUUUCUCCUGCUCAUUGUGAUGGGAGCCUGCCUGGCUCUGCUGACUGUGUUCUUUGCUUCAGGACUGAACGUGGAGGACCACGUGGCGUUUGUAAUCACUGUGCCCACAGCGCUGGCUAUCUUCCUUACUGUGUUUGUUCUCGUCUGCAUCGAGUCGAUCUUCAAGAAGCUCCUGCGCGUUUUCUCCUUGGUCAUCUGGGCCUGCUUGGUCGCCAUGGGUUACCUUUUCAUGUUUUCUGGAGGGAUUGUGUGUCCAUGGGAUCAGGUGUCAUUCUUCCUGUUCAUUGUGUUUGUGGUUUACACCAUGCUGCCGUUCUGCAUGCGGGACGCCAUCAUCGCCAGCGUCCUGACCUCAGCCUCUCACACCAUCGUGUUGAGCGUCUGCCUGUCCACCACAGCUGAUCACAUGGAGCCAGUAGUGUGGCAGAUUUUGGCGAAUAUCAUCAUCUUCAUGUGUGGCAACAUGGCGGGGGCGUACCACAAGCACCUCAUGGAGUUGGCCCUGAAACAAACUUAUCACGACACCUGCAACUGCAUCAAGUCCCCGAUUAAACUGGAGUUUGAGAAGAGACAGCAGGAGCGUCUCCUGCUGUCUCUGCUGCCGGCUCAUAUUGCUCGGGUGAUGAAAGCGGAGAUCAUCCAGAGACUGAAGGGUCCAAACUUCGGCCAGAUGGAGAACACAAACAAUUUUCACAACCUCUAUGUCCAGAGACACACUAACGUCAGUAUACUGUAUGCAGACAUUGUGGGAUUCACACGGCUGGCCAGUGACUGCUCACCUGGGGAGCUGGUGCACAUGCUGAAUGAGCUGUUUGGCAAAUUUGAUCAAAUUGCCAAGGAAAAUGAAUGUAUGCGGAUCAAAAUCCUCGGUGACUGUUACUACUGUGUGUCCGGUCUGCCGGAGUCUCUGCCCAACCAUGCAAAGAACUGUGUGAAAAUGGGGCUGGACAUGUGUGAAGCCAUCAAGAAAGUUCGAGAUGCGACAGGGGUCGACAUCAACAUGCGUGUGGGUGUGCAUUCUGGGAACGUCCUGUGUGGUGUGAUUGGACUCCAAAAAUGGCAGUAUGACGUUUGGUCACAUGAUGUAACGCUGGCCAAUCACAUGGAGGCAGGAGGUGUACCUGGGAGAGUUCACAUCACCUCAGUGACACUGGAGCAUCUGAAUGGUUCCUAUAAGGUGGAAGAUGGGGAAGGACAAGAGAGAGACCCUUACCUGAAAGAACAUGGAGUGAUCACUUAUCUUGUCAUCAACCCAAAGGUGGAGCGUUGGAGCCCACAGCAUCAUUACAGACCCAGACCCACACUAUACGGAGCAAAGAUGAGAGCAUCAGUCAGGAUGACCCGCUACUUGGAGUCCUGGGGAGCAGCCAAGCCCUUCGCCAACCUGCACCACAGAGACAGCAUGACUAACGAGAACGGGAAGAUCAGCACUGCUGACGUGCCAAUGGGGCAGUAUCACUUCCAGAGGAGAUCGGAAAGGACUAAGUCUCAGAAGAAACGUUUUGAGGAGGAACUCAACGAGAGGAUGAUCAGGACCUUUGAUGGGAUAAAUGCACAAAAACAGUGGCUCAAGUCUGAGGACAUCCAAAGAAUAUCGUUAUUCUUUCACAACAAAUCCUUGGAGAAAGAGUACAGAGCAACAACUUUACCGGCCUUCAAAUACUACGUCACCUGUGCCUGUUUGAUCUUCUUCUGCAUUUUUAUUGUGCAGAUUCUCGUCCUUCCAAAGACAUUUGUCUUGGGAAUAUCCUUUGGAAUGGCUUUUCUUAUCCUGUCCUUGAUUCUCUUCAUUUGCUUCAUCGGACACUUCUUGCACUGCAGUAAAAGCGCCUCCACUUCUUGGAUGUGGCUGCUGAGGUCAUCAGUCAUUAUUGCCAACAAGCCAUGGCCCCGCAUCACUCUCACCAUGACGACCACAGCUCUAAUACUCAUAAUGGCCGUCUUCAACAUGUUCUUUUUGGAGGAUAAUUUGUUAUCUCCUGUUCCUGUUUACAAUUCAUCCAAUGAAACUUUGGUUUACCCUAAUGGACAACUAAUCGCCUUCCCAGGAAGAAACAAUUUCUACCUUCCUUAUUUAAUUUACAGUUGCAUUCUGGGCCUCAUCUCAUGCUCGGUUUUCCUGAGAAUAAACUAUGAGCUGAAGAUGAUCAUCAUGUUGACCGCUGUGGUGGUUUACAACAUCAUUAUUCUACAAACACACGCCUCUCUGCUGGAUGAAUACAGCAGAUUUCUGUACAAGACUGAGAGCCUGGACAGACCAGGAGUUCUCAAAGACCUGAAGACCAUGGGCUCUAUCUCACUCUUCAUCUUCUUCAUCACUCUGCUUGUGCUCGCCAGACAGAAUGAAUAUUACUGUAGGUUAGACUUCCUGUGGAAGAACAAGUUCAAGAAGGAGUGUGAGGAAAUCGAGACGAUGGAGAACCUCAACAGGGUUUUGUUGGAGAACGUCCUGCCAGCACACGUCGCAGAGCAUUUCCUGGCACGAAACUGGAAGAAUGAGGAUCUGUACCACCAGUCCUAUGACCUGGUUUGUGUCAUGUUCGCCUCAAUCCCAGACUUUAAAGAGUUCUACACCGAAUCUGACGUCAACAAAGAGGGAUUGGAGUGCCUCAGGCUGCUCAAUGAAAUCAUUGCUGAUUUUGACGAGCUACUUUCCAAACCUAAGUUCAGCGGUGUGGAAAAGAUCAAGACCAUUGGCAGCACGUACAUGGCUGCUACUGGGCUGAACGCAUCGCCUGGGCCUGAGUACACAUCCCAGGAACAUGACAGGCAGUACAUGCACAUUGGGACCAUGUUGGAGUUUGCAUUCGCCUUGGUGGGGAAGCUGGAUGUUAUCAACAAACACUCCUUCAAUGACUUCAAACUCAGAGUUGGUAUUAACCACGGCCCAGUGAUAGCUGGAGUCAUCGGAGCCCAGAAACCACAGUAUGAUAUCUGGGGGAACACAGUGAAUGUAGCAAGCAGGAUGGACAGCACUGGAGUCCUGGGGAAAAUACAGGUGACGGAGGAAACCAGUCUCAUCCUUCUGGCCUUGGGCUACAUGUGCUCCUGUAGAGGCAUCAUCAACGUCAAGGGCAAAGGAGAGCUCAAAACAUACUUUGUGCACACAGAGAUGACCCGCUCACUGUCCCAAGGGAAUGUAAUGCCGUAGACUGGUUCACAAAAUGCCCAAUAUAUGCAGACAUUCUUUUAACGAGGAGGAGAUUCGAUCUUCUCGAUGCUGUCUCAACAGUGACACAAUGUGACCAUUGCAAGUUAUGGAUGCCACAGCUGUAGAAUACAUUUAGUCACUUAUGUAAGUGUAAGUGUAGCAUGUACAGCAAGUAGGCAAUAAUCCCUGAAAUAUUUGUCAUUUGAAUGUUGGAUCCAUAAAAGCCACAUUUGCACUAGUGCAGACAGAGGAAUCUGACAUGGUCUUUGUUAGCAUUGUGAUGGUGACUAUAAUAAAAGCUUCCUUUAGCCAGGAACAGAAAGAACAAGCUUUAUUCUGGUCACUUUACAAGAAAGAGUUCAUUUUGAGUGUAAAGAGAGAGCGUGGCAUAGAUGUUCUUCAGGAGCAUCCAGAAAACAAGAAUUUCAGUGUGAACUGUGAAAAUAAAAACAUAACACGCCGGUGUCAUAGAUACAGGAGAGUUUGGGUGAUUCAAGAUGUAACGGUCAACAGAUGUGAUACUAAAGUGAAAGCAAAUGACACCUGCAACAAAGGGAAACCUGCGUGACCACUGUUGAAAAGGAGAAGCCGCCCUUAAGAAAAAAAAACAGCCAGCUAACAAGAAAUGACACGUGUGUGUACAUAACUCCAUCAACUUUGCUAGAAGCACGAAGUCUUGGAUGUAUUUUACAGGCUGAGAAGAAGAAGCAUAAAAAAGAAUCAUCUAUGAAUAUAUUGUGAUAUUCAUAAAAGGGCAAAGUUUCCCACAACUAUCUUUGCACUUUUAUCAUCUUUUCUUCAUGCCGUAGGUCGAAUUUGGCAGAGUGGAUCAUAUCUGAGCCGUGAGGAAGUGAAAGACAGGAUUGUCUAACAUGACUGGAUAACAAAGGGAUCAAGAUGAUUUAAGGGGAAAUUUGAAAGUUGGGAAGUCAGAGCCGGGUCUGUGUACAGGGUAGCUUUAGAGUGCGUGUGGUACGGUGGUUUUGUAACAAAAGAAAAUACUAUCAAAAAAGUGUUUGGAUGUUUUGAUGCCAUUGUUUUUUGUAAAAACUUCAUUAAAAUUUCUAUGUAUUUCA